GCACAUGAGGAAAUCACUCAUCUGAAUGUUGAAGUUCUAUGCCUGUGCACCUCCAUGCAUGAUGAAGAGCUCAGGAUGUCCGCCAUUGUACAGGACAUUCUUGUUUCAGAUCUGCAGCUUGCCCACGAGCUCCAGUGCCAAUACCAUUCAUGCACAGCUAUCAAUGCAGUGCAUUGCUACCGAUUGGAUCACAUUGAGAAACUUGCAGGUUUUUCCGGAGUGAGGGGUGUUGGUAUAUGUCUUGCGCAUGAUGCUGAUGUUGCCCACAGUGGUACAUUUUGUUGGAGCACAUGGAUUCAAUACUGA